AUGCCGUGGCACCAAGUCUCUCCUGGCCACUUUGAGCGCCAAUUCGACUCGCUGGAAAUAUUUUAUCGCGCCAUUGCCGAUGCUGGCGCCCCGCUGAAGAGGCAGCACUAUCUGAUUUCCUCCAGUGUCCGGCUGAAACAAAUUCCUCCUCCAGACCAAGUGAAGCAGACAUGGAAAGCGCUUCGUCAGCAGCAUCCACAGAUUGCAGCGCUGCCAGAUGAAAGCGGCACUCGUCUUACAUACACAUCACCAUCGCCAGCAGACCUCGAGGCAUGGGCGGAUGAGACGUUCAUUGUCGAGUCGGUCGACAGCUCUGGCGAUCAUCUAUACAAAACUCUGCAGCCAUCGCCGCUCUUUAAGCUCUACUAUCUACCAGGAACCAGAGAGCUUCUCUUCCGCGCACCACACUGGCGCAUCGACGGCAUUGGAUUGAUGCAUCUGCAAGCAGCAUUCCUUCGCAUCCUAGCCAACGGACCUCCAGCUGACCUUCAGUUCGAUGGAUCGGAAGCAGCACGUCUCUCUCCAUCGUUUGAUGAAGCAGCUUCCAUCCCACUUGAAGCCGGUGACUCGAUUUACCAGGCAGCCGAUGCGGAAUUGGAUGUCUUCCGGAAUGGGCUGCCCAGCAUUUCCAUUCCCACGCUGCCAAAUGCAUUGCCUACAGCCCCGCGACGGAUGAUCUCUGGUUUUUCAGCAGGCACAACACAGCGCAUUAUCUCAGCAUGCAAGGCACAUGGCAUAACAGUAACAACAGCUGCGCAUGCUGCAUUGGUGGUCGCCACCCUGCCAUACGCACAGGUCAAUUUCGAUCCAGCAACGCGUGGAUGCGGCGGCGGUAAAUACACCUGCUUCAACGCCAUUGAUCUGCGGAAGUACCUACCUGCGCCGUAUAGCAGCUCGAGCACUGCCGUCAGCAUCUAUCACACCGGCAUUCCAUUCAGCGUGGAUCUCAGUCUGAACAAUACGUUUACAUCAAUGGCCAGUGUGCUUGCAAAAGGAUACAGUCGCAAUCUCAGCAAGGAUGAGCCGCGCAAUGCACUUCAGUUCCAGGCAGAGUAUGUGCGCAAAGUACUCGAACUAUUGGGAGCAGCACCAGAGGAUCCUCUACGUGCCCCUGCUCAUCCUGAAUUGAGCUCGAUUGGAGUCGUCAAUGGCUACCUCCAAGCCGAUUAUGAGGGGAAAGCAUCACGGCAUGAAGUCGAGGACUGGUGGAUAGCGGUAGAAGUCAUCAACCGACUGUUAUGCACGAAUGUUUGGACAUGGAAUGGAGAGAUGAAGCUCAAUGUCAACUGGAACGAAGCAUUCUACGACGAGGACUUUGUCAUUAACUUUCUAGAUGAGUGGAAGAUGGCUCUUGUAGAGGGAGGACUGGAAUAG